GGCUGAGCAGUGGGGGGAAAAAAGCUGCAAGCGUUGUAUCAACUGGCCAAAUUAUCAUCAUGUCCGCGAUUAAACCUUCCCUCAGGAGCAUCAUGAGCUGAUUGCGGCGUUUUACACUUUCACUAGAGGAAUACACUCAGGUUAGAAUGCGGCUGUGCUCCUGUGCCAUGCACUUGUUGGUGCGAUGGAUGCGUAGCUGCAUGAGGCGCAGUCGCUGCCGCUUGCCUCGGAGACUGCAGGAGCAUCUGAGCUACACCAGACUCAUCUUUAAUUCCGUCUGCCACAAUUCUCUCCUCAACUGUGAUCUCGUGACUGACUCCCUUUUUGAGCCAGUCUUCUGGAUGGUGGAUAUUAUUACCCGCUGGUUCGGGAUGGUCUUUGUGUUUCUAGUGAUUGUUCUCACCAGCUCCGUCCUCUUAGUUGCAUAUUUCUGCCUCCUCCCUUUGGCCCUUAAAACAUAUUCUCUUGGCUGGUUAGUAUGGCACUUAAGCUACGGACACUGGAACUUGGUGAUGAUUGUCUUCCACUACUACAAGGCCACCACGACAUCUCCUGGAUACCCUCCUAAGAUGAAGACAGACAUUGCAUUUGUGUCCGUCUGCAAAAAAUGUAUACGACCCAAACCAGCAAGAACUCAUCACUGUGGCAUUUGCAAAACGUGUAUACUGAAAAUGGACCAUCACUGUCCUUGGCUUAACAACUGCGUCGGCCAUUUCAAUCACCGUUACUUCUUCUCCUUCUGUCUUUGUAUGACCCUUGGCUGUAUAUAUUGCAGCAUCAGUGGCCGUAACCUCUUCAUAGAUGCAUACCAUGCCUUAGAUCAAAUCAAGCACAUGGACAUGGAAAAACAGGGAGUUCCAGUGACAGGUGUAGGUCUGCUCAUAGGCAUCCUUCCUCAAGAAACUCUGACUGAGAAGAGUCAAACCUCGGCACCUUUAACCUUUAAGGACCGGAUGUUUCAUAAGAGUGUUAUCUACAUGUGGGUGCUGACUAGCACAGUAGCAGUUGCUUUAGGAGCUCUGACAUUGUGGCAUGCUGUCCUCAUCUCCCGUGGAGAGACAAGUAUUGAGAGGCACAUCAACAAUAAAGAGGCCAGACGCAUGGCCAAGCGGGGAAAAGUUUAUAGGAAUCCUUUCAACUAUGGGACAUUGAACAACUGGAAGGUGUUUUUUGGAGUAGAGAAGAGGAGUCAUUGGCUAACCCGGGUUUUACUGCCUUCUGGACACAGUCCUUAUGGUGACGGACUGACAUGGGACAUCUACCCGAUUAAAAAAGACAUGAUGCCAGUCUAAAUUUUAGCAUUAAUGGAUGUACUGUUGCUCAUGUUAGGUUGGUGCGCAGGUCUCUGCCUGCCUGUGGAUCCAUAAUCCUGCACAUCAUGUAGUCUGCCAAGCCCAGACUUACAGCUAUGACAUGGGAUGACAAGCAGCCAUGAAGAGGAAAAAACUUUUGUGUCUCUGGAAUAAUAGUAUUUUUUAACCUGAUGAUGAUGAUGAUGAUGAUGAUAUCUUUUAUCUAAUGUGCACUUCCAGAGGCUGGAACUGAUUUUAGUUUGGAAGAACUGGGACAUACUGUGGAGCUGUGCUCCCUCAAAUAUCAAAA